AUGUCCUACAUCCAAUGGGAUGCUGAUAACAAUGCACACAGUCAGAACUUCAGCAUCGCCACUCCUCCAGGCUCUAAGGUGGGCUCUUCAGAGGAGUGUAGUCGUCUCCUCAAAGAGCUACAUCGACGGAAGCUCACCGAGACCAGAAUGGCUGAUGAAAUCGAUCAGCUUGAGCGGGAGAGGGCUGCCCUUAAAAGCCAACUAGCAGAAGCAGCCGACAGCCUCCGUGAACGGCAGCGCGAAUUGGCUUCUGCAUCAACUGAUCUUGAGGUGUCUCGUGCGGGGGAACGAGGGGCGGUAUGUGAAGCGGAAAGGUCCCGCAGCGAACUGGACAAGUUGCGCGUCGAAAAUGCCCGACUCAAACGAGAACUGGAAGAUAGAAUUCGCGAUGGCGCACUUCUUGUUGUUGACAGAGAGAACACCAUACGACAUCUCCAGCAAGCCCUUCAUAGUGCCAUAUCAUGGGCAUUAGAGAACGAUGAAGCCGGUGCGGUACUGGAGCAGGCACCUAGUAGUACUGAUGUCAAAGCAUCUACCUCCUCGACAACAUUGGAUGUGGACCUUGGUUGGGCUCCGAGUGAAAUUAUGGACUACUUUGAGACCUACGACACGAUGUACUACACCUGUGAGAUCGAUACUGCAAACGGAGCCGAGGAGCUCAUUGAGGUCAAGGAGGAGUGGUCUUGA